GUGUUCAUAUAGAUCUCUAUAAUGACGUUUUUGGCCACUGUGCUAACUGUGGAAAUCCAACUGAAGCCCUGAUGGAAAACAGGCAACAAUUCGCAGAUGAAUCUUCAGAAAAAUGCAGAAUUUCACCUGGAAUUUCCAAGUUGGAAUGUCCAUUACCCAGUCUUUCAAAUCCUAGUAUGUGCUUCUUGGUUCAUUUUGAGUUGACAGCAUUUUGGCUCCACCCUGAUCUUCUUGUGUUCUUUGAACACACCUUACAAGGAUGGUUGGCACUAGAGACCCUCGUCCUUGAAGACAAUGCACUUGGCUUUUUGUCAUCACCUGGCAGGGAGUUCAUAAAUACCCUCUCCUUUCUGUGCACUAAAGGAAGGCUACAGUUCCUUCAAAUCACCAAUAAUCCUGUAAAUGAUGAAUUUGCAAGACUCCUCUUUGAGAAACUAGUAGCUGCAUUCCGCCGCAAAUGCAAGAAUAGAGGCAACAAUGCUAGAUCUUUAACAAAACUUAAAUUUUCUUCCCACCAAGUUUCACCAGCUGCCGCAGUCUAUUUGGGGAGAGCAAUAAGAGAUGUUUGUGUGUGUAAAUUAAGUAGUACCCAGUCUGCUGCAAGGAUUUUGGAGUCUGUGUCUUCAAAGAGUGAUUCCAGUACAGAAAAUAAGGAUAUUACUGCAUGUUCAUGCAUGCAACCAGGUUGCAGUGAGCAGAAAUAUUUGUGUAUAGGUGGUUGUGUGAGUUGUGAUCAAACAAGUGCAUGUGAUAACGUCCAAGAACCUCAAGUAAGAACCGAGGGAAAUGCUACACUGGAGUUGCAUAUCAUUGGUAAUAAAAAGAUGUGUGGUGAAUCAAGUGAAGAUUCUUCCCAGGACAAGAAGCCUUUGCCAAUUACUGUUCGCAGUUCUAAUACAUUUGCUGCUAUCCAAGUGCUGAAGUUAAGAUGUGUGGUUGGAGAGCGAGGCGCUAGGUUAAUUGCAGAUGGGCUCCAAAGAAACAGCACCCUGUAUUCCUUGAGUUUGGCAAACUGUGACAUCAACUCUGCUGGGCUAGCAAGCAUUUUUCAGGCAUUGUCAGGCAACAGAUAUGUCAGACAGCUGUGUGUGAAAGGUAACCAUUACGAUCCGAGUAACAAUGACAGUCUUGCCGAGAUGCUAGCAUCUAAUAACACAUUAACUGACCUGAACCUUGGUACUUGUGAUCUCAGAGGUUUAAGUGAAAAGAUGAUUAGCGCAUUAUGUGUUAAUAACACUCUGACUAGUUUGAAGUUGGCACGAAAUGGAUUGCGUGAUGCAGAUAUUUCUGCUCUGUCUCAAGUUUUCUCUCAUCCAAGUCAGCUCUCAAAAUUGGCAAAGUUAGACCUGAGCUUCAACCACAUUUCACCAGAAUCACUGUCAGUUUUAGGCUCAUCACUCCAAAGCAUCAGACCAAGAAAGCUUGAUGAACUUAAGCUGACAAAAAGAAGUCUUCUCAGUCCAGGAUUCCAGCAAGUUAUAUUGAGUCUCCAGUCAGUGGUACGGCAUGUGACAGCUGAGUACUUGGACCAAGCCACUUUAUUUGCAGAUUUCAUCAGUCAAAUGUGACUGAAGGAGCCAGAUCGUGGCUGCCAGUCUGAUUAAAACUUAAAUAAUUCAUUUUUAAUGACUCCUUUGGAAAAUUCUGGAACUGUCAACAGUUCACCAUUUACAAACUUUAUAACAGACUGUACAUGAGUCUUGCAGGCAAAAACAUAACAACAAAACUGGCCAACCAGUUUCAGCAGUCAAUUCUGUGGUUUUUGUUAUUGUUAUUGUUUUUUGUUUUUUUCUCACAGUAGAUUGACAAAGAGUUUCACUUAAUUCUCAAGGUGACUUCCAUCAGUCACCAACAACAAUAAAUUAUUCUAUUCUAUCCCUACCCAGAUAUUCACAUACAUACUGUUGAGUGACACUUCAGGAUUGAAACAAAUAUUACUACAUGUAGGUUAGAGUGCUUUUAAUGUCCU